GUCGGAAGUGCAGCAAAUUGCCGCGAAAUUUUUUGUUUAUUUGUUGAUCGCGUUGUUUGUUUGUUCGCGUCAAUUCUCAGCAAUCAAGGAUAGAAGAAUCGAAGAAAAAAGGUGGAUUGAAUGCCUGACAAGGUAGAUCGUGUUGCUUUUGAAUUUAAACGUUGAUAUAUUUUAAAUAAUUAUAUUUGAUUACAACGUAUUUUGGCGGUAUAGUAUUUCAUCUCUCAAACACAUGUAAACAAAGCUCUGAAAUCAACAACGAUUGCCAACGAAUGAUCGAUGAAACGAUCGAUCUUGCACAAACUCUUGGUCCGAUGCAUGACAGUUCUUUAUGAGAUUUUAAGUAAAUAUACAGCAUAAAAUAAUUCGAUUUCAUGGAAAAAUUAUGCUUUCACCCCCCUGGAGCAGUCAUUUGGGACCUGUUUACUGUAUGCCAUAUACAUAUCUGUAUGAGCACAGAGUAUGAUACAGAGGUUUGACUCAUAACUACUAGCUGCUACGCCAGGAUUUGCCAUUAAAGUGUACUCUGGUCAUGUUCCUAGCAACAGCUCCGCGCUUAAUAUAAGUGACAUUCACCCCCUGAACGUCCGUCACUCGAAUGAUUUCAGUGGGGUGAAUGCCUCUCGUAAGGGCACUAGGAACAUGAUGAUAGCAUUGUUAAGGUCAGGCCACAAUCACAGGCACUGAAAAGAAGUGGUACCUCUGUAAAUGUUUAUUCUGUAUAAUGUGGUGUCUAGCAUAUUUAAGACAAUAAAAUUAUAAAGUAGAGUACGUUUAUCUGAUCACAGCCAGAAAUUCCACUUCAAUUCCAGGUUGGGGCUGCUGAGCAGGCUAGGUGAAUGGGUUAACCCAUUAAGUUGAAUUGCGAUUUAUAAUUUUACUCUGUCUAAUUGCAAGACAAUUUUACUUGUGAACGAGAGAACAUUCAGGAGCUCAAUGGAUUAUGCAGCAUUUUAAAUUGAACUAAACUAUUUCAAGCUAGUACAGUACAAGUAUUAGAAAGCUUGGCAUGUUGCUCAAUUGUAGAAGUUUUCUCUCCAUAUAGCAAGGAGAACGAAUCAACUGUGUUCUAUGUCGAUCUGGACGUCAAAGUACGGCAACGUUAGCAAGAGCAAGAAAGAGAGAGAUUGAAUGGCCAAUAACAACUGAAAAAUCCAUUCAUUUUGACCAGGUGUUUAACAUAUAAUUUUGUAUUUUUGCCAGAUACUGUUCAGGUGCUUGUUCCACACAGUGGCGUAGCCAGCUCGACGAUUUGGUCCCGCUAUGCAAAUUUCAACUCGGUAUCAUUAUUCAUUUCUUUAGAAAUUGAUUGUGUUGAUAGUUUAUAAACAUGGCAAUUGCAUAGCGGGACUGAAUCAUCAGGCUGGCUACGUCCAUAUGAGUAGAAUAAUCGACGAAUAUACAGAACAACUAUGGGGUCUGCUAACUAAAGGGUGUUUUCAAUGGGUAUAAAGACGCUUGUAUGAAAACAGAAGCAAUUUCUUCCACAUAUAGUUUUAAUUAUACUAAUUUUAUUCUCAGGGUCCUCAAACCCACACUACAAUAGAUGAUGCAUUUUCCAGUGUUCUACAAUAUAUGUCUGUCACAAGUCGACAAUGUAGGGUAAGUCUACUGAUGAUGGGGAAUAAUUUAAUUGCAAAUACCUCAAGUUUAACUUGGUUCUUAUUUUGCAUUAUAAAUUAGUGUGUUAUUAACAAAUGAAUCAAAGUUAUAGUUAUACUGCUUGUCAUAGCUCUAUCGUUCCCAAAGUGUUACCUUUAAAUCCAGUGUUGCUAUAGCAAUGAGUGGUUCAAUUAACUAUAAUUGCUAUUGAUAUAAGAUUUAAUAUUUAAGGGCUAAAUUAGUAGUACAUUAAUCCAAUUAAGUGGCAAUGCAGUCCACUUUUAGUAUUUUAUGUAAAUCUCCUAAUUACGGGAGACAGACAACGUAAAAUGAAGAGUAUUCUGUUAUAUAUGGGUCACAUAUAUGACACAAUGGGUCACCAAACUAUCUGCCAAUACACAGAGAAAAAUAUAAAUUUCCACCAAUGGGCAAUGGUUUUUGAAUGGUUUAGAAUGGUAAAGAUUAAUUAGCACGUUGAAUAGACCUUUUCCCAUCACAAAAUUAGUAACAUUCCGAAGUUUCGUUGCGAAAUGUUGUAAAAUGCGGAUAAUAUAGCCUUGUGAAGUUUGCCGUAUUUCAGUCAUUUUGUAUUACAAAUGGAAAUUGAUAAUCAGUUUGAUCAUCUAGCUGAUUAUGAAUGUUCUGAGUACAUGUUCUUCAUCUGAGCAUUUAUAAUUCUACAUAUAUUUAUACAUACGAACAAGCUUUUGUUGGUAUAAGGAUGGGCUUUUAUUAUUAUCAAUAUAAAGUCAGGAAAUAUAAAUUUAGUUUUUCUUUUAUUUACAUAUAGAGAUAUUUUAAAUGCUCGCCUCACCGUGACGCGUGUGAUGAUGAGCAUGUCAAGAGAUUCCAUCAACCCAAGUACACGUCCGUCACGUAUGGAAAUCCAGUGAGUGUAUACAACAUAAUAUCUUUGUUUUUUUUUGUGAAGCCAAGCCGUCCAGGCACCCAAGCUAGCUUCUUGUUGUCUUAUGCGUGAGAAAAUUGAUCCGCUUUUCAAAAACAGUGUCUGUACUACAUAGCUAGUAGUUCAACGUUCAAACAUCAAUAGCGCAGUUAAUAUUGCAUUGCGCUGUCAAUUGUUAUAUAUCAAAGUUAAUCCCAGGGACGCCGGAACAAUGUGAAGGCAAGGGGGGCAGAUUUUCGUGAAAAGGCACUUUUGAAUUGACAUAUAUACUGUAUACUAAGAGAUGUUUGCUAAACAUCAGGAGUUGAACUUCGCCUAAACAUGUUUUCUAUUUAUUGGAUGAUAGGGGUGUGAGGGGGUUCUCCGCCAGGCGAUUGUGGUAUUCUUGAAGCUCGAUGACUGCAUUUCUUGCGUUUUCUGAAGCAAAUUCGUAAAAGAAUUGCACUAACAUUUCUGACAAUUCGCUAUUUCGCCAAGGCAAUCCUUUAAAUUGAAAGGGCACCUUUGCCCCCCUUGCCCCUCCUGGUAAAGGGCAACGGGGACGGCUGCCCCUCCGCCCCCCCCCCCCAUUUCUGGCGUCCCUGGUUAAUCCUUUCUGAAUGCAGUGAUUUAUUAAUUUAUUGGGAUAGCUUUUACUUUACAUGAAAUAAAACUGUGUCCAGUUUUUUGGGGACACCCGGUAUAUAGUGUAUAUAUACGCCAGUAUUCUAAAAGCUCAUUCACACUCAAUGAGUAGAGGUUCAAUCUGAGCUUCCCUUGAGUGUCAGUGCUGUUUUUGAAUAGCUAGAGGGUGAGUUGUCACAUAGUAAGGUAUGACACUAACCCUCCAGCAAUUCAAAAACAGCAAUAACACUCGAGAGAAGCUCAGAUUGAACUUCCACACUCAUUGAGUGUGAGUGAGCUUUUAGAAUACGGGCUAUAUAGUCUCAAAGUAACAUACUUUCCAACUACCUUAUUUAAAAUUUUUCAGCUUCAAAAAUCGGAAGACGUUCAUGUCGAAUUAACGCCUGGCACGUAUGCGGUCACUGCUGGUCAGUGGGGCGCCCCCAGAAGUCACACUCAGGUCGUCCGGCUAGACCCAGGACAAACUGUCGAUAUGACCUUCACUUGCCACUGAAAACAACUGAUGUACAUAUGUUACCCCUAGUACCACGUAAACUUCUUUGCAUUUUUCUAGCGAGUAUCGUAAUGUACUGUCUGUAGCUAAUUUAGAAAUCUAGGAAUGCUUGUGUAGUCAACAUGUCAAUAGCAAAUUGGAGAUGUAAAUAAAUAUGAAUAUUUUUUCACAAAUGUUAGUUUUUAUCGUUUUAAAAGCUUGCGUCUGUUUUUGAGAGUUUUCAGUUCACAUUUAAAAACAUGUUAUAGGAAAUUACUGACUGUACAAUCAGUAGUGUUACAAUAGCCCUCUAAUAUAUUAGGAACUUUAUAAGGCCUUAGGAAAACUAGCAAAUUUUCUAAAAUAUUGUUUCUUGAAAGUAUUUCUGGAAUGAGAUGGUAAACUCGGAAAGAUUUGCUUACAUAUAACGUUUUAUUAAAUUUAAUUACUGUACAAAAUUUCAGACAAUUUGCCUUAGUUUAAGCCCUUUAACUAUCCAUUUUUUCCUAAAAAAAUCAGCCUUUCGCAUGCUCAAUUAAUGCGUCUACCUAAUUUGCAUAUUGCUAACAUAUGCAAAUUAGGCAAAUGCAUUAAUUAAACAUGCAAAUGGCUGAAAUUUUAGGAAAAAUGUAAGUUUGCGUGAAUAGUUGAAGGGCUUAAACUGAUGCAAUUUUUACCCAUUAACUCAAAAUACGAUUAUAGCUUUUAAAUCUCGUGCGCAAGCCAUUUUUAGUUGGUUCUACAUUAUAAGUACCAAAAGAAGCUAUCUAUAUAAAAAAAAACUGGAUACUAAUAGCUGUUAUGCAAAAUUUAGAGCAAUUUCAAAUGUGUUCAGUUAUUUUUUAUACACCCUGUAUACAGAUACUGAGUCUCGAUCAGAAAUUGCGGCCACGUACAAAUUGGAAGAUAUUUUUCAUAUCAAAUCUUCAUUUGACGGAAUUUAUUUAUUUGGCAAAAAUAACAAUAUGCACAAUUUGACGACAUUUUUUGUGACAAGACGCAAAACCAUUAGCCACAUUUAACUUAACAUCAAGCUAUUAAGAUUGCGCGCAAUAUUUAAUAUAUAAGUAGGCUGCUAUGUGUAUGGCUGCCUUUUUAUAAUUUAUCAUUUCUUGUUUGUAUGCUUAAUAUCAAACUUAUUAUAUACUAAUUGACCAGUAUUUACCGUAUUUUAUAUAUAUACUUUGAUGAAGUAUACAUUUAACAAUUUUUACUUAAUAAAUU